CGUCUGAAUGGUAUUGGUAUUUCAAGUGUUUGCAGUUUUCCUCUCAGAAGGUCAUGGCCGAUUCAAGCGAUCCUGAUCACGCAGUAUUUGUUGAGCAUUGAAAGAAAUGGGUGCGCUAAGUCGUAACUCGUCGUCGUAACUAAACUAAAUUAAAGCAAACGCAAGCGCUAACGCAAUCGCAAUCGCAACAUCAUCGCCUCCCAAACGUCUCGACGCUCUUUCCCAUUUUCCUUUUCAAUUCACUCUUAAUAAUCGUAAUUUUUUUGGGGAAAUCAAUUGGAUUUUAAAAUAGCAAAAAAAACUUAACAAAAAUGGAAUCGUGUGUUUUAAUACCAAAAGAGUUCGGACUGGCGAAGACAUUAUUAUCCGCGAAAAACGAGUGUCUUCUAACCGUGUGUGCAACGACCAACAUCAAAAAGGGAUCACUCUUCUAUCCCUUCCAGGGCACUAUUCGCACCGAUAAAAUCGAAAACCUCAAGCAUCCCGGCGAAAAUGAUUUGAGAUACCGCUAUGGGCUCUAUCAUGAGGUUUCACAAAACUAUGGAACCCGUGUGCAUCAUUGUAAUUGGAUUCGAUUCCUCAGAACCGCUGGCUCGUUCUCCUCUGAUGUGAAUCUGAUCUGUACGAUGGUCAAGGGUGAUCCAUUAUAUGAAGUUAUCAAACCAAUUAAAAUCUACCAAGAAUUAGUUGCAUAUUAUCUACCCGAACGUCCCGAAGAGAGUAUAUUUAUGAAUCUGCGUUCAACGCUCUACAGACAGGCCAUGGACUCGAUUCUUCAAGAUACUCCAUUGGACUUGUCUUUAACACUGAUGUAUAAAAUACCAAAUUUACCACUUUCUCCGCCUUCAAGUGAGGAUGAGCAAAAGUCCAUGUUGAGUGAUUCUUCUGGUUCUUUAUGUUCACUCAAUGAAAGCACAAACGAUAAUUCAACGACUUCAUCAACAUCGUUAGAUGAAUUGAAGAAGACCAUAUACGAAGAUGUUGAAGUUAUCGCCCAUAAAACAAACAUUACCCAUAAAAACUAUCAAUAUUCGCCGACAAAAAAGCGCAUCGGACGAAGUGAAAGAUCGUUGCUACCCUGUGAAGUUUGCCGCAAAGCCUUCGAUAGGCCAAGUCUUCUUAAGAGGCAUAUGAGAACACAUACGGGUGAAAAGCCACAUAUUUGUUUGGUGUGCGGCAAGGGAUUCAGUACUUCCAGUUCUUUAAAUACUCAUAGGCGAAUUCAUUCGGGGGAAAAGCCGCACGAGUGCCAAGUGUGUGGAAAACGGUUUACAGCUAGCAGUAAUCUUUAUUAUCAUAGAAUGACUCACAUUAAGGAAAAACCCCACAAGUGCAAUUUAUGCGCAAAAUCCUUCCCUACUCCUGGAGAUUUGAAAUCCCAUAAGUACGUUCAUAGUGGCUCAUGGCCCUUCAAGUGUUCCAUUUGCUUCCGCGGGUUUUCAAAGCAAACAAAUUUAAAGAAUCAUUUGUUUCUGCAUAGCGGAGAUAAACCACACGGCUGCGAAUUAUGUAAAAAGAGAUUUGCAUUGGCCUGCAAUUUGAGGGCGCAUAUGAAGACACACGAUGGUACUUCCCAAGAUGAAUGUAUUCGCUGUGGAAAGGCGUUUGUUGCCACAGGAAGCGAAUCGCAGCAAAGGAAAAGGUGUAGCAAAUGCUUGGAUCUGAGUGAAUCUACAGAUGAUGGAGAGAAAUCUGGUUUUCAAUCAGAUCAAAGUAUUUCGACUGAAGAAGAAGAGGAAUACGAGUCUUCAAAUGGUGCAACAGAAUUUAGUGACAAAUAAAUAAAUGAAGAAUUAUGUUAUGUGUGUGAAUGAAUGUGUAUGUGUACUUAAGAUUACGAGGCCAUUCUUUAAGGAUCACUUUAUAGAGGGAGCGACGAUAAGGAUGAAGACAACGAUGACUGAUGCUAAUAUAAUAAAUUAUUCCCAAUUAGUGUCAGUAGUUUUAGAAUAUGACCAAAAAUUUUAAAUUUUUAUAUCAAUCUAUCGAUUUGUGUGAUUUUAAAUAACAAACAACGCUUACAAACACAAUAAAUCAACAUGGAUUUAAUUUAUUAACAUUACAAAACUCCACGACAAUUAUAUUUAUACGAAUGUAAUUUUAUCUGAGAGCAGAUGAAUUAAAAACGAAUAUUAAUAUUGAAUUAAAGUUUUGUGGCUUUUUAUGCUUAAUUUUAUUUAACAGUGUGCUUAAUUUCAUGAGAAACAAUUCAAAUUUGCGCCAACGUUCGAUAUUUUCCACAAAAUCGAUAAAUUGCGUUACCAUAAAAUAGAUUUUUAAGAACUAUUUUUUAUGGAAAAAGAGGACUGAAUGAAAUCAUCUAAAAGUUUAAAUUGGAGUCUAGUAUACUAAAGAACAAAUAGAAAUUAUAAUUUUGGUCAGCAAAUAAACCCUUAAGCUUCCCAUAAAAAUCGAUAUCAAGUAAUUUUCGAUAGCUCCCCACUACGCCGUUGCCAUUCACAACGAACGCACUUCAACGCAAUGCGGCUUCGUUUAAAAUGGCGGUCAGUUCAAAUAUAAGAUAAGAAAUAAAACAAAUAGCUUUUUUUAAUUUUCAGUUUUUACUGCUUUUUUUGAGUUUUUUUGUUUUUGUUUUUCAGCAUAUUUAUAGAAAAAAUAUUUUUCAUUUCUUAAAUUUUCACUGCUACACACUUUUCACAUAUUAUUUGUUAUUGGGCUUAAGCUAUAAAUUGAUUUUAAGUAAACAAUAAAUUGUAAUAAUUAUACAAUAUAAUAAUUAAGACUUAACAGUUAGACAAAAAAAGCUGAUGGAAGAAACAAA